CAGGUCUUCUCCAGUGUCCAGAGGAUGGCCCUAGCUUUUAUCAAACUUCAUGCUGCAGGAAACCCCCUGUUCCAGCGCUGGGAAGCUAAAAUCAGCUGCCAACCAAACAGCGAGGCCAGCAUCGUCAUGGACUUCCACCUUGGCAGUGGCCAGGGCGUGGGCAAGGUUGUGGUGGAGGGUGACAUGCUGGAGCAGCUGCCAGAACUGUGCACGAAGAUGGAGCAAUAUCUGUCUACCUGGAAGAAGUUCAUGAAGGAGCAGAGAUCCAUGCAUUAUUAUCUCAACUACUACACAGCAGAGCAGGUAGUGUACCUGUGCAAUCGGCUGAGCCCAGGGACGCAGACUCCAACGUUGGAUGGUCAGGUGGUGACCAUGCUCUCCUUCAUCAGACCUGGCUGCGACACUCAGGGUUUGAGGGAGAUGCUGCGUGUGUUCUGGGGCGAUUUUCACAGCGGAGAUACAUUGCAAGAGCGACGGGAUGAGGUUGACUUACAAGCAGUCGUGGAGGAGGAGCAGGUAUGCGAGGAGGAGAAGGAGAAGGUGUGGGAGGUGGAAGAGAGUCAGACUAGUGGCUUUGGACAGCUGGAUCAGCUGUGGGACGCUUACAUGAGGGACAUGAGGGGUUUCCUCCCCCACACUCUGGAUGUCCCAAGCCUGGGGAGACUGCUGGGACAGCUGGCUUACAAGGGAGAAGAAGAGUGUAAGGAAGAGGAGAAAAAGGUGGUGAUGAGGAGCCUACCAGGUGGAUUCUCCAGCAGCCGACCAAACCUAGUGGUCUGCCCUCCAGCUGAGAUCCUGACCUCCUGCCUCUGCAUCUACAUGGCCAGCGAGUUAGAGCCACUGCCCUCCUAUGACGAGGUGCUCCUAUGUGACCCCGAUACCCCCUACCAGCAGGUGGAGCUCUUCCUCCAUCGUUGCCUCACGGCUGGCUACAGGGGCCAGAAGAUCUACACCCUCCUCCAUGCCGAUCGGCUGGGCUAUGACGUGAGCUUCAAGGCAGAGCAGCUGUUCCAGGCCCUGAGCCUUCGGUGCACUCAUGACUACAGGCUGGUGAUCAUCUGCAGCUCCAGCAGGGAGCAUGCCUACCUUCCCUCUGCCUUCAGCCAGUACCGCCUCCUCGCAAUCCCUCAGGAGCCCCUGGAAAGGGUGCAGAGGUACCUCUCCCACCACUACACUGUCCCGCCAGAUCAGCCUAGCGCAGCAGAUGUCUUCAAAGGGCGGCAGUUUGUUGGGGUCGUAUCAUCCAAACGGGCAGGAGUCGGUAAAUCCCUGUACAUUCAAAGGCUGUACAAGAAGCUACAAGAAUCAGCUAAUGAAGAAGUCGCCUCGCUGAAGUGCAUUCGAUUGAUCGAACCGCAAGUUGACGAAAAUAUCAUCCUCAAGUCCCUGCUCAAUACUGCUGAAGGGAAGGACCUGACUAUUUUUCAUUUUGAUGUUAUGUCAUCGGUGCAGAAAGGUUUGCAUGAGUUUCUGUUCCGACUGCUGAUCCUCCGGUACCUGAUGGACUCUGAGGGCCGGAUGUGGAAGUGCAGUGAAGGGCAGCUGUAUGUCAUUGAGAUCCUUCAGUCCCCUCAAGAUUUGCACCAAAACCUUCCAAGAGCUAGUGGGAUCGCGAAUACAGCGGCUGAAAUGGGGUUUCCCUCUAGAGUAACAGGGCUUACUCUCCUUGAUACGGUGAGGAGCUCAGCCAUCCGGGAGGACCUCAGAGUAGAGCCACUGCUCUUCGGCACUGAAAGGAGGCAGUUGAGGUGCUCCGGGCAUCUGAUAAGGUUGCCUCCUUGCCGCCUCCCUCUGGAGGUGUUUCCAACAAGACCACCAGGGAGGAGACCCAGGGAGGAGACCCAGGGGCAGACCUAG